AUGACCUCGCCGUUUUACAACUACACGAUCACUACUUUCAUCCGAGGCCUCAAUACUCUUCAUUUCAUUCUCAAAAAGGGCGAGGAGCAUGCAAAGCAGAACAACAUUCCCCUCGACGAACUUCUCAAUGCCAGCCUCGCCGAAGAUAUGAAACCGCUAUCCUUCCAAAUAGUGUCUGCUACAAACAACGUCGGCAAGGCCCUCGGCCGUGCAGCCUUCAUAGACCCUCCACCUCAAUACCCACCGGACGAGAUCUAUGAGCAGCUUUUCAGCCGCAUUGAGAGAUAUCUCGUUGAGCUGAAUGACGUUGAUCCGAGAAAUAUUGCUAUCAGGGAGGGGCAAACUUUCACUGCGCCGAUUGGUAGGAAUUCUUUCCAAUAUACGCUAGAGGAUUAUUCGGUGAGGUUUUCUAUCCCGAAUUUCUAUUUUCAUCUUGUGACUGCGUAUGGCAUUUUGAGGCUUAAAGGGGUCGAGAUAGGGAAGCUGGAUUAUCUAGCUGAGUUUACAAAUGUUUGA